GGAACAGGGGCGGACUGACCUUUUGAGCACUCGGGCACUGCCUGAGGGCCCGGGGUCAGUGCCGGGCCCCAUGAAAUGCCCCUGGUACCUUUUUUUGGGUGUGUUUUGAGUGUGGGCAAGGACAGGGGGCCCCAUGAUCCCCUAUUGCCCGGGUUCCCCAUGAAUUGUGAGUGGGCAAGGACAGGGGGCCCCAUGAUCCCCUAUUGCCCGGGGGCCCCAUGAAUUGUGAGUCCGCCCCUGGGGGCCCCAUGAGAUGCCCCUGGUACCAUUUUCAUAGGCUUUUUUGAGUUUGGGCAAGGACAUCAGGGGCCCCAUGAUCCCCUAUUGCCCAGGGGCCCCAU